AUGGCCGUUCCUUUUUCGAACACUAAAAUUCGUGUUCCGCAAGGGUUUCGUAACCUUCUAGAAGGUUUUACGCGAGAAGUUUUGAGGAAUCAACCAGACGAUAUUAUCAUCUUUGGGGCCAGAUAUUUUCAAUUUCUGUUAAACGCCAGAAACGGUAAGCAAAAUAAAAACAUUGUUGCGGUAGUAUUUAAUCGAUUAAACUAA